GGGGGUGGAAGGGAGGGAGAGGGGGGGGGGGGGGGGGGGUGGAAGGGAGGGAGAGGGGGGGGGGGGGGGGGGGGGUGGGAGGGAGGGAGAGGGGGGGGUGGAAGGGAGGGAGAGGGGGGGGGGGGGUGGAAGGGAGGGAGAGGGGGGGGGAGAGGAAGCCAAGGAGAGGAAGCCAAGGAGAGGAAGCCAAGGAGAGGAAGCCAAGGAGAGGAAGCCAAGGAGAGGAAGCCAAGGAGAGGAAGCCAAGGAGAGGAAGCCAAGGAGAGGAAGCCAAGGAGAGGAAGCCAAGGAGAGGAAGCCAAGGAGAGGAAGCCAAGGAGAGGAAGCCAAGGAGAGGAAGCCAAGGAGAGGAAGCCAAGGAGAGGAAGCCAAGGAGAGGAAGCCAAGGAGAGGAAGCCAAGGAGAGGAAGCCAAGGAGAGGAAGCCAAGGAGAGGAAGCCAAGGAGAGGAAGCCAAGGAGAGGAAGCCAAGGAGAGGAAGCCAAGGAGAGGAAGCCAAGGAGAGGAAGCCAAGGAGAGGAAGCCAAGGAGAGGAAGCCAAGGAGAGGAAGCCAAGGAGAGGAAGCCAAGGAGAGGAAGCCAAGGAGAGGAAGCCAAGGAGAGGAAGCCAAGGAGAGGAAGCCAAGGAGAGGAAGCCAAGGAGAGGAAGCCAAGGAGAGGAAGCCAAGGAGAGGAAGCCAAGGAGAGGAAGCCAAGGAGAGGUAGCCAAGGAGAGGUAGCCAAGGAGAGGAAGCCAAGGAGAGGAAGCCAAGGAGAGGAAGCCAAGGAGAGGAAGCCAAGGAGAGGAAGCCAAGGAGAGGAAGCCAAGGAGAGGAAGCCAAGGAGAGGAAGCCAAGGAGAGGAAGCCAAGGAGAGGAAGCCAAGGAGAGGAAGCCAAGGAGAGGAAGCCAAGGAGAGGAAGCCAAGGAGAGGAAGCCAAGGAGAGGAAGCCAAGGAGAGGAAGCCAAGGAGAGGAAGCCAAGGAGAGGAAGCCAAGGAGAGGAAGCCAAGGAGAGGAAGCCAAGGAGAGGAAGCCAAGGAGAGGAAGCCAAGGAGAGGAAGCCAAGGAGAGGAAGCCAAGGAGAGGAAGCCAAGGAGAGGAAGCCAAGGAGAGGAAGCCAAGGAGAGGAAGCCAAGGAGAGGAAGCCAAGGAGAGGAAGGCAAGGAGAGGAAGUUCCAAGAACAUCUACCAGCCAGUGCAAGCAGCUGCUUUUUAUGCCGUGAAGUGGUGGGAAUUACAGGGACUCCCAUGACUGCCCUCACCAACACCAGCAGAAUUAGCUUCAGCCAGAGGCUGGCUGAAAUUAUACAUAUGAGGAACGUAGAAAUUGACAGAAAAGGAAUGCUCUGUGAAGCAUGCUGUUCUGAAAUUAAUGAGAUAGAUGAGAAGGAAAUGCGAGUAAAGCAGCUUAAGAAAUUAAUUAUACUUCGUGUGCUCGCCAGGGACCCUGAUUAUGAUACAUUUAUUAAACUACCUGUAGCUAAAGUCAUGAAAGUUAUAAUGUUUUAUGAUAGAGAAAAUAACCAACAACAAAAGCAACAUUUGAAGAGCUCUUCUUAA